GCAGUAUCGGGUAGAUAUCGCGAGCAAGCAUGUGCGAACGCCGUGGGAUGAUGAUGACGAUUGCUGCUGGAACUGCGCUAUCGUCCGUCUGGAUAACUAGUGUGUGUGUGUGCGUGUGAAUCUCGCAUGUAAGGAGCAUAGCGGGGAGAGAGAGAUAGCAGUAAAGUGAUUACCUACGAUGUGAGAGAUCCCGAUUGGAUACAGGCGAGCGUUUUCGUGCGGUGUUCAAGGAUGCUUUCGUCGUAGAACUAAACGCGAGGUUCUCUGGUCGUACUCGGAUUCCGGAUCGUACGCGAAUUUCGGAUUGUGUGCUGAUUUCUGAUCGCAAGCGGAUUUCGGAUCGCAAGCGGAUUUCGUGUUUUUCUCUGCGCAUAAAUAUUAAGUGUCAUCGACGGAUCAGCAGCGCCGGAUAAGCCAGGACGAUGGCUACGGCGACGAUGACGAUGAAGCUGCUGAUGCUGUUGAUAGUGGCUGGAGCCUACUGUGCGAGCGCGCAACAGGCGUUUCAGUGUCCAAAGGAGUGCAAAUGUGCGGGAUAUUCACUGGACUGUAGCCACAAGGGCUUGACCGUCGUGCCACGAAAUCUACCGACUCUUACCGAGCGACUGGAUUUGCAAGGCAAUAAUCUAUCGGUGGUGCACCGAAAUGACUUCGCUGGACUCGGCAAUCUGCGAAUUCUGCAACUUCUCGAAAAUCAGAUUACGAGCAUCGAAAGGGGAUCGUUUGAUGACUUGGUCAAUCUUGAAAGAUUACGUCUCAACAACAACCGGUUACGAAGCUUGCCCGAUUCGAUUUUCGUUCACAUGCCAAAACUGUAUAGACUAGACAUAAGUUAUAACCGACUGCAGAUCGUUGGAAAGAAGACCCUGCGAGGAAUACCCCGCCUGAAGAAUCUGCGGAUAGCUGACAACGCUCUGGAGUGCGACUGUCAUCUCGCCUGGCUGGCAAAGUGGUUGCGCAUCAACCCGCGACUCGCUCUCUUCACUAAGUGCGCCUCCCCGCGGCACCUGAGAAACGUGGAAGUGGCCGCUCUGAAGGAGUCCGACUUCAAGUGUAACGGCGUUGAGGAGCUUCGUAACAUGGACUGUAUGCUAGAGGUGAUGUGUCCCGCUAAAUGCAUGUGCGCCGAGGGCAUCGUCGACUGCCGUGACCGCGGCCUCACUGCCAUCCCCGAUAAUAUCCCCGAGGAAACGAUGGAAGUGCGGCUCGAACAAAACAUGAUUACAUCGAUUCCCCCGAAGUCGUUCGCCGAAUUCAAGAGGUUGCGUCGAAUCGACCUAAGCAACAAUCAGAUAACAGGUUUGGCUCCGGACGCAUUUUUUGGACUGAAAAACCUUAACUCGCUCGUCCUCUACGGGAAUAAGAUAACAGAGCUUCCGCAGGGCGUGUUUGACGGACUCACGUCGCUACAACUACUCCACCUCGCCCGCAACCCGUUCAUCUGUGACUGCAACUUGCGCUGGUUGAGCGAGUAUCUGCACAGCAACCCGAUAGAGACGAGCGGGGCGCGCUGCGAGAGUCCGCGCCGCAUGCAGCGAAAACGUAUCGGCCAGAUGAAGGAUUCCAAGUUCAAGUGUAAAGGCUCGGAAGAGUACAGAACAAAGAAUGCCGACCAGUGCCUCAUAGACAUGGAAUGUCCGCCAUCUUGCGUCUGCGACGGAACCAUCGUCGAUUGCUCGAACAGAAAACUGCGCGCGGUUCCAGAAGAUAUACCAAUGUUCACGACGGACCUACGACUAAAUGACAACCUCAUCAGACGGAUUGAAAAGACGGGAGUCUUCAAAGAGUUGCCGAACCUGCAAAAAAUGUUAGUGUAA